UCUUUCAACUCAAUGGCAAUUGUUUUAAAUAAGUGGAAAAUUCAAAUAAAACUGUUCAGUCUGAAGUUAACAAUGUUCAUCACUAGACUUGCCACGUUUUUGCUUCUUAUCGUUGUUUCGCUUAGCCAAGCUAAGGAUAGCCAACCCUUCGACUUUUUCCAAGGAACCUAUCACGAUUUUACUGUUUGUCUGAGAAUCAAUAAUAUCACCAUUGAGGAGUAUGAGAAGUUUGACGAUACCAACAAUUUGGAUAAUGUCCUCAAGGAAAAUGUCGAGCUGAAGCACAAGUGCAACAUAAGGUGUCAACUGGAAAGGGAGCCAACCAAAUGGCUUAAUGCUCGGGGUGAAGUCGAUCUGAAAUCAAUGAAAGCAACCAGUGAGACAGGGGUAUCCAUAUCAAAGUGCAUGGAGAAGGCUCCCCAAGAAGCCUGUGCCUACGUCUAUAAAUUGGUAAUAUGUGCAUUUAAGUCCGGACAUUCAGCCAUCAAGUUCGCAUCAUAUGAACACAUACCAGAGGAAACCGGUGGACUAAUAGCCGAACAGCAGGCGGAUCUGUUUGAUUACGAUACCAUCGAUUUAUAAAAUCAAAACAGUGUCGCCAUAGCCACAGUAAUAUAUAAUAAUUUUAAUUUGCGGGCUUAUUAGCAUAAUUAAUUAAAAUUGCACGAGGCGUGCCGCAGGACGCUUGAAUCAAAUCAAACCGAUCCAAAUGGAAUCCAAUUAAUUGCUUUGACCUGGAAUCACGCAGCAGGUUAACACAUAACAAUAAUAAUUGAUUCGUUGCAAAUCAGGUAGAUUCCUACAAUAUGAUGCCGUGCGUAGAAUCUUUCCAUAUUUCUCAGGACCUGCCUCCGAUUGUGGGUGUGUGUGUGGGUGAUUUUUUGUCGUUCCCGGGCAGGAAAAAACAUUUUCCCCCACACAAUGCGAUUCCGUUACAGUUUUCCACGGGGCGUAUGAGUGUUUAUUUGUGUGCGACUUUUUGUCGCUUUCCUUUGUGCCGGCAGGCGAAUGCAACGGAAGUUGUCAUGUUGCAUUGUUGCAGCUGCUGUUGAUGCCGCUGCCAUUGUUAUUUCGUGGAGAUGGGGCUUCGGGGAUCGGGAUCAGGGAUAGGCAUCGGCUGAAAGAAAAGACGAGCGUGCAACGCCCACACACUUGACUGGUCCGCUCUGCCACCUCUCUCGCCUUUCGAUUGUCAGCUCAACUUAACGCCCGCCGCCGAGGGGCGUGGCACAUUA